CCAAACAGAACGAAAGUGAAUCAAGCAAGGAAGAAAAACGCGUUCGUGGCCGGUUUCGUGGGAAAAUGGUUUAGAAUUUUCGGCAAUUUGUGCCUAAUUUGAGUGAGAUUAGUCGUGAAAAGUGUAACAUUCGAUAGAUUGUAGCUUGUGAAACGAAAUUAUGGUGAAGGUUUGACGAAUUUUGCCGUUUCGCUGCCGGAAAGAGGCUUUUGAAAAGUGAAGGAAUUUUUGAUUGCGGAAAUCAAGGUUGUCCUUCAACACUCUUUCGCGAGAAGAAGAUGAACCAUUGAAGAAGCAAUUACCUGCAAUCUCAGGUAUUGGAUUGCGAGAUGACUGACUCGGAAAGUCACUCGCUGUCGGAGAAGGGUAGCCGUAAUUCUGCUACCUUUUCGAUACACUCGCUGGAGGAUGUCCCUGUGCGGAAGAGUGCCGUUCAAAUAAUCCGCGAACGUAGCACGGACAUGUUUCAUCACCACCCGCCCGGAUCUCCCCGCAAGCAGCGGGCCACGAUGCAAAUCACCAAGCUGGUCCUGAAGGAUCCGCCCACGAGUCCGUCCCGGCGGAAGAUUAUGCCCGUGGUAAUUAAAUCGAUCCAGACGUACACGAGUUCGGCGCUGACCAACUGUGGUCAAGAGAAUCGGAAGAUGUCUGGGGGCGAGUCCCGGCCGGAGGAGGAUUUUAAAAUAAUUCCCCUGCUGAACGCCGGUCAGCUGAUGGAACAGUUUGAGGCGCAGAAAACCGAGCGGAACGCGGCGAGUAGCGACUUCCAGAGCUAUCUAGUUGAGAGCUUCAACAAGGAGAAUAAAGAGAGGGCCGCCAUUCAAAUAUCCAAGAUAUCCAUGCCCAGCGACGAAAGCGCCGCCAACUUGAUCUCCGCACCGCAAGCAAAUCAAGGCAAAUCUGACAGCAGUUCGUCCGCCGCCACAAAAACUGUCACCUCCUCGGCAACCUCCAGAAGCCACGCGGCAACCGCACCCUCCGGAACCGGCAAGUCCUCUUCCACGACCACCACCACAAGCUCAUCCGAUUCCUCAGCGCUACCUCCACCGCCUCCCGUCCCAGAAAAGAUGCCCCCAAAACCACCGUCCGUCCGACGAACUGCACGACCCCGAACCCAACCGGAACCGGCGGUUCCGGAAGCUCACAAGGAAAAGUCCUACGACCCACAGCGAGCCCGCGAGUACAUCAAGGAACAACAGGCGAAGCGAAAGCAGGAAAAACGAAGCUCCGGUCCGCCGGCCAGUGAAAAGGAGCUGAUCCGGAAGCGGUUGGACGACUUGCGAAAAAACUCGCAAGUGUUGGUAAACAAAAACGUCCAGAAAGCGCGCAAACGCUCCCUCUCAGCCACACCCGCCGCAGCGAGCGGUUCAAGUCAAAAGUCCGGAACGCCACUGCGGGCGCUCGACAGCGGUGGCCGCGGAAUACCCCCACAGAAGCCGCUCCGAAAGACUGUGUCCACUUCUUCGCUGAAGGCCGUCGGUUUGCCGCCGGCGACCAGCUCGGUCAAGUCGUCAUCGGCGAACUCGUCGAGACGACGGUCAUCGCUGCUGAAAGCGGAUCUGUCGGAAAAGAUGGGCAUCAUGCGCAAGCCGGAAGAGGUGCCGCUCGGGGACGUGCUGGUCAGUCCGCUGCGGAUGGUGACGCCGCCGAGUCCGCCCCGGUUUGAGCAGCGAGUUGAUGAGCUGGGGAAGAGGUUGAUGGAGACGCAGGAAGAGGGCGAUCGGAGCCGAUCGUUUUUGGAGCUGGAGAAGGAGCUGAAACUGGAGGUGCCGGAAGUGACGCUGGUGCCGGAUUCGAUAAUUAGGAGAACUGCUCAAGUUUCAAAUGAACCUGUCGAAAGGAAAAAAGAACGCAAGGAACCGCAGCCGCAGCAGCCCUCUAAACCGAUUCCAUCCUGGCUCAAGCACACCCUAAUCCAGCCCGAUCCAUAUCCGUUCAUUGUGGCCGUCCGAAAGAAGUUGGAGGCCGCGUGUAACCGUCCCGACGAACUGCCGGUCACCGGAAAGUCCAGAGCUAGCAAGUCCAGCAAACGCUGCGACGGAUAUCUCAAAACGUUGAAGUCUGUACCGUACAUCAGGAAGCCGUCCAAGGCUGGUGGUCGCGACGAAACCCCGCCCAACAUUUCCUCAAUUUCGCAUCAAACGUCCGUCCCCAACACUACCUCCGACAUCAGUUCGAUCCGGUCGGAUUUCGUACUGUCACUGCCGCCGCUCAGCAGCACCAAAAUCGACACCAACGCCACCUCGAACAGUGUUCAGCAACCGCAAGUAGUUAGUCCUCUCUCGGUCGAACGCAUCUCGAACCUCAAAAUCACCGCCGCCGACAGCUCGCUGGAAAAGGUCAACUUUACCCGCGGAGACGACAUGCCCAACGCGGACCUGAUUCCGGACCGGGUGUCGUUCAGCGCUCGUCACGUGGUCGACCUGGACCAAACUGGGCUCAGCGUGAACACUUCGGAGAAGCAACGAAACUUCCUCCACAACUCGUCACAAGCGGAAAACACCACGCACGAGUACCAGCGAAUGCUGGAGGCGUUCAACCGCAGUCUGUCUCAGGUCAUCGAGGUCAACCAGCAGCUGUACUCGACGCGAAAAAUCCGCGACGAAAUGACGCAAACCACGCCGGUUCCGGCGGCGUCAGCGGGUUCAACCACCGCCAACGGCUCCUCCUCCAACUACACCGACGACUUUGAGCGAUCGGGCGCCGCCGCCGCCGUCCAGAAGAGCGACUCCACGUCGAGUGCCGAUUCAACGCCCCAGAAGAGCUCGUUCACAACGACGACCGCUCCGACGACCAGCAGCAGCAGUUCCAACGACAGUCCGGACAGCAAAACGAACUCGAGCGAGUCGGAGCAGCUGCUGCUGGACUCGCGCUCGUUUGCGAGCCUCUCGGACAGCCACAACACGAAUCCGCCCAUGCCGGAGGAGUAUCUGCCGUCGUUUGAGGAGAGUCUCCGCAGGCGGGAGGAGGUGGCUGCGGUAGCGGACAAGAGUGACGAACCGGUGUCGGCGACGACGGAAAAGGGCGUUUACAGCAGUAGCAGCAUCGCGACGCAGAUUAGCGACGAAGUGAGGGAGGAGGUGCGGGCGGUGAACAGUGUGGAGUCGAUCAGCAUGAAGUUUUCGGCGGGCAGUGACGUCGCGAACGAAGAGGUUUCGCCGAAGGUGGAGAUGUUGAAACAGUCUGUCACGAGUGCAAGUUCGGGCUCGGAAAUGGAGGCGGUAAACGCGAGAGUUGCGGAUAGUGAGCGUGAGGAAGAUCAUCGGAUGAACGAUACCACGAUGGGAAGUGAUAUUCUGGCCAUGUUUAAUAGGACGGAUUUGGAGAUUUCCGUCAUGUCGACGACGGUGUCGGAGGCUAAUCUGAGCUAUUCGUCUAUUGGAUUGUACGACCAGCUGAUUCAGAGCGAAAAAUCCAAAACGGACCAGCUCGCGAGCCGCGCUCGCCUCAAGGAGAAAGCCCUGCUCGAUCGCACCAAGGGCCAGCUGGCUUGGCUCGAGCUGCAGAAGCAACAGUACCGCGAGCGUGGAAUGCUGGAACAAAUUUCGACCACCAAGAAAAAGCAGCGUGCGAUUUUGGUACGGCUGGAGCGCGAGCGGGCUGAGUUGAACAGGUUUAAGAAAGCCGCAUCGGAAGUUCCUUUGAGAAGCGUUGGAUCGCGCUCUCCGCAUAGGUCGAUCGAGAAGCUGAACUCGUUCUCGUCCGCAAGCAACUCGAUAUCGCUGCGGAAGUCUGCGGCCGGAUCGGGUAGAAGCGAAAUGGGAUCGCCUCAGCUGCAGCGAAAGCUGACGACGACCACAACCAUGACGACGAUGCUGGCAGCCGUGCGGGGCGUCGAGUUGGAACCCAGCGGAAGUUUGGAAAACAUCCUCCAACGCCGCGAGCAGGAACUGCAGAAGCGACGCGAGCACGUGCAAGCCCUGCUCGAGUGGCACCGCAAGCUGGACCAGGAGGAGCAGCAGAUCCGGGAGAUUGAGCAGAACCUGCUGCGGUACAAUCGGGACAAGGUUGAGGUAGGGUCGAAGGGCAAUGACACGAGCGUGGCCGCCCUCGGCAGGAUUCGCAGCAUCGAGGCGAGCCUGCAAACGCUGCAGCAGAUUCCCGACGAUCGGAAUGGGCAGCAGCAGCAACGGAGAGAUUCGACGGACGAAGAAGUGCAAGCGAGUGGUGGGAAGCUGAAUCGAUUGUGGUAUCGGUUGACCGGGGUGAAGGAGGCCCGGUACGACACGGCACGGAGUUACACGUUGACGAAAGCGAGUUUGGAGCGGUUGUACGAGGAGGCGAAGGCGAAGGUGCUCGAGGGAUUUACGACGACGACGCUGCUGGAUCUGUCGCUGAGCGGAAUCAACAGCACGCAGGGAAGUGUGGGUAACGUGAGUGUGAUUGAGCGGAAGGAAGAGGGUGAGGUUGAGGUCGUGAGCAGCGAUACGAGUUCGUUGAAGACGACGUCGGAGGUGCUGGUGGCGGAGAAAGAACUGGAGAGUUCCCAGCAGGAAACUUCCAGUGGGAAUGGUGAAGUGGCUGAGGAAGAAGUGGAGGAGGAACUACCGGACGUGGAGGAGAUCAUCUCCAGGGUUAGUGACAUCACGGACAACAUGAAAGACCUGCUGUCUUCGACGACCAAGCUGGACGAUCUGCUGCAGAGUCAGCAGGACAAGCCGGCGUCCGAAUCGGUAGAGUUUCACACGACGAUCGAUGAAGGGGAUGAGGAGCGGGACUCGACCGGUCAAAACAACUACUCGACUUCGUUCGAUGCUUCGACGAUUGAAGAGCUUCCGCGGCAAGUGCUGGAAGUCAGUCAGCUGAUGAUCGAGGACACUUCCCUUCCAGCCGGAAUUCUGGACGACUCCAUUGCGGAAUCGAUUCCCGAAGUGUCGGACAAAAUUACACCCGUCUCGGAAGCGUCGCUGGAGGAAGCUAGCUCGAUGGCAUCGUCCGCGACUACGCCGACCACCGCAGAGGAAACCGAAACGGAGUACAACGAAGUGGCUUCCCCGGCACCUCCGGUAGUCGCGUCCGAGUUGGAGAAGCGCCUCGUACAGCUGAACGACAAGCUCGGCGAGCUGAGCGACAGCUUCGAGCGCGUUCCCCUAAUGCGGUCUCCCGACCGACAAAUCGCCUCCGACAGCAGUGAACCGGCCAGCAGUUCAACCGUCGAGGAAGACUUGCUUGGGAACACCCUAAAUCAGAAGCCCGAAUCACCACCGGAAGCCCCAAAAAUCGAGAUCAAAAUCCGCACCAAAACCGUCAACGACACCUUCCCGAACCUAGCAGCUCCUCCCCCAGCCAGUCCCCCAUCCAGCCCAACGUCCGCCCCUCCCGUCUUCUCCCCCACCGCCACCUCUACCAACCGCAUGCCGGACAUCAUAAACGAAGCGGAAGUCCUCCGACGCCAAGAGCUCCAAAUCGAGCAAGAAAUCAAGCAGCUCGAACAACAAGUCGUCUUCCUGCGUGAAAUCCCCAACAAACCACCCCCGCCCUACAUCCCUCCCGCCAACGGCAGUCCCCUCGCGCUCAUCUUCCCCACCGAACAGCGCAUCGACGAACUCAUCGAGGACCGCACCCGCCACCUCUUCCACUCCUCGGACGCCACCCCGCCCCUCACCUCCGACCACGUGACCAACAUCUACGAAAAGCUCGUCCUGGACAUGUGCGCCGAGCUAUUCACAGACCUCCGCGCCCCCACCCCGGACGUCUCGUUCCGCACCGUCCGCCACGACAAGCGGCCGCUCGCCUUCUUCAACCCGCCAAACGCCCUCAACUGUCUGCAGCACCACAUGAAGCGCAAAGUCAAAAAGAUCCUCAACGAGGAAACCCUGGCCCAGCAGCAGCAGCAAAAUCUGCACCACUGUCCGAUGCCCUACCUCGGUAUGGCCGUCCCAGGGAUCGGUGGGGCAAAGCGGAAGCGCGACCAGGUGGACGAAAUUCUCGCCCAGGAAAUGUGCGACGAAGAGCCGCGCUGGACCAACUUUGACCGCGAGGAGAUUGAGGUGAAGGAACGCAUCGUGGAGGAGCUCGCCAAGAUGCUGGUGGCGGACGCGCUGCAGGACAUGGAGGGGGCGUGGCGGGAGCGGGAGCAGUCGUCGACGGCGUCGAUGGAAGAAGCGUAAUUUUUACAUUGUUAUUUUUUGUAAAGAAAGAGUAUUAUUGUCGCACGCGGAUUGCGCGGUGGCGUUUUGAACACGUUUAAUUUUGCUCAAUUUUAAGACAUGUUUGUAGUCGUUUUAGUACAUGUACUAGUGUUUAGAAAAAACCUUCAAGAGAUCUGAUUUGAAUGUGACUUACUAGCUGGUAGGACGUUUUUUAGGACCAUCCCGAAGCAGGGAUGCAUGCAUUUUUUACACUUAUCAAUAAAGCGUAGCUCAAAUAAAAUUAAUUAAUUAAAA